AUAUAAAUUACGCAGCAAUCAGUGUGUUUUUGUUCCUGCUCGUGCUGCAAUUUCACAAUUAUUUUGAACUCUGUUGCUUUGUGGAAAGUAAAUUUUUGGAAUAAAUAUGUCCUUCAUUAAGAAAUCCUCGCGUCUUCUGCAAUCCCAGCUGCGUCGGGUGCAGAGCGUGCCAAUAGCUUUAUACCAUGAAAAUGUAGUUGAGCACUACGAGAACCCACGCAACGUGGGCUCAUUGGACAAAAAGGAUGUACGGGUUGGCACUGGACUCGUGGGAGCACCCGCCUGUGGAGAUGUUAUGAAACUGCAGAUCAAAGUCGAUGAGAAUGGCAAGAUCAUCGAUGCCAAGUUCAAGACAUUUGGUUGCGGUUCGGCCAUCGCCAGCAGCUCGUUGGCCACGGAGUGGGUGAAGGGCAAGUCCAUCGACGAGGCGGGCAAGCUAAAGAAUACAGAUAUUGCCAAGGAGCUGCGUCUGCCGCCUGUGAAGCUGCAUUGCUCGAUGCUGGCAGAGGAUGCCAUCAAAGCCGCCUUAGCCGACUACAAAGUCAAGCAGCAGAAGAACGAGACGAAUUAAAUACAUAUACUCAAGUUACAUACAAUUAGUAGAUAUGAUAACCGAUUAAGAGUUAUCAAUAUUAGAAAAACUAUAUACAUAUAUACAGUUAUUUUGCAUUGAGUUUUAGAUUAUUAUUAAUGUGGCUGUUUUGUGAGAUUUGGGAUUCAGGAACUGAAUAAGGACUAGCUGGAACUGAUCCUAAUUGAACGAUCUAUGAAUAUAUGUGUGUGUGUACGCUUUGGAGUGACUGGACCCCAUCUGAACGGUCAUGGAAUAUGUGUUUGGCUUAGAGGGUAGCUAAUACUGAUGGACGAUGGCUACUUAUCUAAAAAUUUUUUUUUUGUGAAUGGACAAUAUGAUUGCAGUGUGGAUGGAAGCCAAUUAAAUCUUGUAGUUAUGCAAAAUUCAAGCUUAAUUAAUAAUCAAUUAAAUGUUUAAACGAUCUGAAU